UCCAUUGAAAAUUCGCACUCUUACGCCGGUGCAGUGAACUUCUUUCGUCUCAACAGGACGCUGUACGAUGAUAUGUAUGUGCUCGUCGGCUGGCUGGGAGGUAAAAUGUUUGCUAAUCUUCGAAAGUGGAAGCAGUUCCACGCCACCAAGCUCGUCCUUGUCUUUAUUUUUUUUAAUUCAUAG